CAUUGAAGAAGAGGAGAGAUUUUUAAACAUGUACAUGUACAGUGAUUGAUAGCUAUUUUAACUAAUUAAGUUGGCACUGACUAUUAGGACUAGAGACUAUAAUUGUCAAAACAUUCCUAUUAUAGUAAUAACUUCAGCCCUGAUACAGUAUAUGUUGAUAUUCAUAGUAAUUCCCAUUGGGUGUGGGCUAUUACAUAGAAGGUGUGAAUCCUGAAGCAGUUUUUCCUAUUUCUAUAUCUUGCUUUAUCAGUUGCUUUAUACUCAUGGCAUUAAAGACAAAUCCCUUUCUUCUUAAACUCAAGGAGCAGUUAACCUGUGCCAAGUGUCAUGGCCUCUACACUAGUCCUAGGAUCCUUCCUUGUCAUCAUUCAUUCUGCCAGAACUGUAUAGAAGUCAGAGAAGUACAGAAGGUUUUGUAUUCUGUGCAGUGUCCUUCCUGUGAUGCUGAACCGAUUGAGCUGAGCAGUCUUGAUGAGGUUGAAUCUAAAUUCUCUGUCACGCCCAAACUAAACGAGUUAAGAGAUGUUUACGAUAGCAUGAAGGAGUCUGAAGGGAUACACUGUGGUAACUGCUUCAUUGCAAGUGCAGCAAGUUAUUGUAAAGAUUGCAAUAAAACUCUCUGCAAUGAUUGUAUUGACGCACACAAAAAAUGGUCUGAGUUUGCUACACAUGCUAUUCUGGGGCUAGAAGAAGCAUUGAAGGCACCUACUGAAUCAAUGAUCGAGGAAGAAGCUGAGGAAAAAGUAACUUCACAUGUUAGUCCUAUUCUAUCUGCCAUCAGUGGAAGAGAGGCUGAGAUAAGAGAGCAAGGAGAAGCAGUAAAAGAAGAGAUAAGAUCUUUCCUCAAAAGUCUAACGAGCAGUCUUGAAGAUAAGUUUAUUAGCGAAGUUGAUGAGAUUAUAGAUAGAAAGCUACAAAUGCUUGAGAAGCAGAAGAAAGAGAGUCUCAAUACCUCACACGAGAUAAAAGAGUUAGAACCAGUAGAGAAAGCUGAUAUACAAUUUAUUGGCAGCAAGGAAUCCAUCAGUCAUCAUGUUGGUAGUGUAGUAUCUCGUGCUGGACUGGAAGAGUGUAAAGUAAAGGAGAUAGCCACCAUUAAGCAUAUGCCAGAAGAAAGAGCAAUAUCGUUUGAGCUAUCAAUAGAAUUACCUAACCAUGAAUUGCAUUUAGAUCUACCAGCCUCUUCUAUUUCACUCAGUAUUGAGCCUGCUAGUGCUAAUACUACUACCAAGCAUUCUCAAGUUAUUGAUGCUAGAGUGAUCCCUACUGAUAAACCAAGAGUAUACCAGGUUAUAUGCACUCCUGUUAUUAGAGGACGUCAUCAAGUUUGCAUAAAAGCUCUUGGCAUUCAAUUGAAGACACCUUCUUCAUUUACGAUACCAUUCAAUCCUUACAUUGAGCAAGUUAUUACUCCCAUUCGUACAAUAGGUGAUGUUCAAAGACCCUGUGGUGUUGCUGUAAGUGAUGAUGGUCGUGUUAUAGUAUCAGAAUAUAGUGCUAGUGUUGUUAGUAUACUAGGCAAUGAAGGGAAAUUGUCAUUUGGUAAUGAAAUUAAUAAUAUUAUAUUUAAUGGUAGCUAUGGAAUAGCCAUUACUGAUGAUUGCUGUAUUAUUGUUGCUGAUUAUAACAAUCACAGGAUACAGAGAAUAAGCAUGGAUGGUCAGUAUGUUACUUCAUUUGGAUGUGCUGGCUGUGGGCCCAUGCAGUUGAACUAUCCUCGAGGCAUUGCUAUUUCACGUGCAAAAAAAUUAGUUUAUAUUGCUGAUACAAGCAAUCAUCGGAUUCAAAUUUUUAAUUGUGAUUUAACAUUUUUUGGUUUGUUUGGUAAAAAAGGAGCAGGCAAUGGAGAAUUUAAUACUCCUCAUGAUGUUGCUAUUGACAAUGAAGGUUUUGUGUAUGUUACUGAUUGGAAUCAUCGUAUUCAAAAAUUUACUCAUGAUGGCAAAUACUUGACUAAAUUUGGAAGCAAUGCUGGUCAGCUAAAUAGGCCAUCAGGUAUUGCAGUAGACAAUGCUGGGUUAGUAUAUGUUAGUGAAUAUGGCAAAAAUUGUGUCUCAAUCUUCACUAGUGAUGGUGAUUUUGUUCGUAGUUUUGGAGAGAAAGGCACUGGUGAAAAUCAGUUUAAAGACAUAGAGGGUGGAAUAACGUUUGAUAAAGAUGGUCGUCUUUAUAUUUGUGACACAGGCAAUGACAGAAUUAUAGUGUAUUAACUAUUUAUUUUUUAUUGAUUGUGAACAUUAUCACAAGUAGUU